AGCCUCUACAAAUAGCCGAGUUGAGGUUCAAAAUUUCUAUAUACACAACACAUCAAUCAAAUUUCUCUCUCUAUUUUCUGAGUGAAGCAUAAACACAAACACCAUGGCAGAUGUUCUGAGCGAAGAACAGAUUGGUGAGAUCAAAGAAGCCUUUGGCUUGUUUGACAGAGAUGGAGACGGUGAGUUCACUUUUUCUCUUUUUCAGUUUUCAUUUCAGAAAUAUAACAAUGCUAAUAACUUUUAUAUAUAUGUUGAAUUGACAGGGUGCAUCACUGUGGAAGAAUUGGCCACUGUUAUCCGAUCACUGGAUCAGAACCCCACGGAAGAAGAGCUCCAAGAUAUGAUAAACGAGGUCGAUGCAGAUGGCAACGGAACCAUAGAAUUUGUUGAGUUUUUGAACUUAAUGGCCAAGAAAAUGAAAGAAAGUGAUGCAGAGGAAGAUCUCAAAGAGGCCUUCAAGGUGUUUGACAAAGAUCAAAACGGUUACAUUUCAGCAAGUGAGUUGAGACACGUUAUGAUAAAUCUGGGUGAGAAAUUAAGUGAUGAGGAGGUGGAGCAGAUGAUCAAAGAAGCGGAUUUGGACGGUGAUGGUCAAGUUAACUAUGAUGAAUUUGUGAAGAUGAUGAUGACCGUUGGAUGAAACUUUCAUAUGUUUUCUUUUUAACGUUUGUUGUACUAUAAUUAAUGUAGCACAUAUGCAUCA